AAUAAAUUCGCAUUAUUGAUAUGGGGAAAAGUAAAAAAGAAAUUGGCAAAAUUAUUAGUCCGAUACUUGAAAAACUGGUCAAUAGACUCUUAGUCAUCAAACCCGAGGACCCUAUCCCUUACAUGAUUCAGCAUUUAGAAGACUCUAUUGGCUCAGGCGCCAAGCCUCUUAACAAGAGAGAAUCAGUUGAGCUAGCUAAGCUAAGAAAGCAAUUUCAGAAUCUUAAAAAGAAAGACGACAUGGAAGAAGACUCCAAAGUCUCAGAAGAAGAGGCUAGCAGCGAUGAUGAGGAUGACUAUAUUGAUGAGCUUCCAGAAGUAGCCAAGGUCCGCAUGAGCGGACCUGCCAGAAACUCUGUCAGUCAAGAGGUAUACGGCAUCUUUAAUAAAAAGCAAGACUUCAUAGCUAGAGUUAUAGAGAAAUCAGACGAAAUGAAGCAUAAGAUUAGAGAAAGAUUACUCGAGUCCUUCAUGUUCGCAAACCUUGAUGAAAAAGAUCUCUGCAUUGUUAUCGACGCAAUGGAAGAGAAGAUUUACGAAGAAGGCGACACAGUGAUCAAGCAAGGGGAUGAUGGUGCUGAGUUAUUUUUGGUCGGAGAAGGCCUCCUACAAUGCUUCAAAGAAACAAAAACUACAGAGGUUUAUCUUAGAGAUUAUGAGCAUGGAGAAUCUUUCGGUGAAUUAGCACUUUUAUAUAAUGCACCAAGAGCUGCCACUAUUAGAGCCAAGUCACGGUCUAUAUUGUAUUCUCUUGACCGGGAUACUUUUAAUCUCAUCGUAAAAGAAAGCUCUCAAAAGAAGAGGGAUAAAUAUGAGCAGAUCCUUAAGAAAGUGAGCAUCCUCGAUAGUGUUAGUGCUUAUGAGAGAUCUCAAAUAGCAGACGCAAUUAAAGAAGAGAGCUUUAAGGAUGGAGACAUGGUUAUCAAACAAGGUGACCCUGGCAGCAUCUUCUACAUGGUCUCAGAAGGAGAAGCCAUUGCUAUGAAAAAGUUUGAUGGCUCUGAAGAAGAAAAAGAAGUAAUGAAGUACAAUCCUGGAGAUUACUUUGGUGAGCUUGCUCUUUUAAGAAACGAGCCAAGAGCAGCCAGUGUUAUCGCGAAGACAGACUUGGUAGUCUUAAAAUUAGACAGACUUUCUUUCAAACGUAUGAUCGGUCCUCUAGAGGUAAUCUUGAAAAGAAAUAUGGAAAUGUACAAAACAGUUGUGUCAUCAUAAGAUUUUGGUAAUUUCGCAAAUAUACUCGUUCAAGUGCUUUA